CUUGAACUUUUCAGUCUGGGGUGUGCGGGAGCGCAGAGGCUGAGGACCGCAGCCCCGAGAAGGGCUUGGCGCGGACUCCCGGGGCGGGAGGGGAUGGUUUUCCAUCCUUUGCCCUGCGUGACGGAGGCGAGUGGGGAUGAGGCGGGACCCCAACUCUCAGACUUAAAGAUGUCGCAGGUUCGCGAGUUGACUGCCACAGCGUCUCUUGAGAUUGGAAAGGUGGAUUUGAGGGCUGUGAUGGUGACCGCGUUUGGUCAAAGAUUGUAUAGCCUCACCCUUUUAGUGUAAAUAUACCGUGGAAGAAAAAAGUAAAGAAAGAUGUAGGGUGUUGUGGAGACGUUGCCACGUGUCGGGAGCCGCUGGAGGCGAGUAAAAGUGAAAGAUGUUGGGACCCUGUAAGGCGGCGAAGGCGUUGGUGCCCGCCGCCAGCCCUUCUAACUGUGCAGCAGCUCUGUGCCCGGGCUGGGCUGGGAUUUCGCUGCUUUAUUCCGGCCUUUGGCGGACUCUACUGGUCUCUGGAGUUGGAUGGGCCAAAGUCUUGACAGAGGAUUGAGAAAGUGAUUGGCUUUUGUGUUAUCCGCCGUUUUGUUUCUUUAUGAAUUGGAGUCAUUUAGGGGUAGUCAUAAUUUGCCUUGUAUUUUUUUCGUAGAGGUCCGAGGAUAUCGCCGUGUUUUCAGCCCUUUUUGUGAACUGUCUUUGGUUGGAUAAAUUGAUGGCAAAUGUUUUUCAUGUCUUUUUAAAAAUGGCCUUUAAGCCGGGGAUUUAGCUGAGUGGCAUAAGUGUCUGCCUGGCAAGGUAGUGAGUUUGAUGCCCGGUAAACACCCCCCCCCCAAAAAAAAAGUCUUUAAAAAAAUCGGAUGACUUAUUUUCUUCCGUUGUCAAAAGUUUGGAUUUCUCUCGUAAAAUUUGAGUUUGUUUUAAGUAAACCCAUUUUGAUGGGCUUUUGGAUUUAAAGAUUGUAACGCAUUUUAUGUGAUCUAGUCAUGUUGAGCUCUAAGAUAAUGUUUUAAAAGCAAUAAUCUUGUACCUUAUGGAAACAGGUGAAAAUGAACUGGUUUAUGAUGUGCUUGACAUUAACCAUACAUGAUGCUGAGUGCUUAACUGUCAUUUAGUUUUACAGAGAUCAGUGGAGGUAGACAAUAUUCCUGUUUUUCAGGUUUAAAAUAUUGAGGAACAGAAAGGUUAAAUGCCUGCCUAAUGUAAAAUAGCAAACACUGCAAUUUGAAUUUGGAUUCAAGCAUUUCUCACUAAAGCGCAGCAUCUUGCACUUUACAAGAAAGAAUUGCUAUAUCUGCAGUGUACAGAUCCUAUUUAUGCGGUGCACAUUGCAAACAUAUUGUGACUGAAAAUUUUUUGCAUAUGUGGUUUAAAAACUAGUGGUUCUGUAGUGUAGAUAUGGUGAACACUAAAAUAGUAGUUGGCCUAUACAGUGGGGCCACUUGCUGUCUCUGCCAGGCAUUGUUUUAAACAUUUGUUUGUUUUGUCUUAAUAACCCUAUGAGGUUUACAUUGUUUUUAUCUCUAUUGUACAGACUCUUAAAAAUGGAAACAAAAUUAUUAAGUUGUCUAAAGUGACAUAGUAAAUGCAGGAGGUGAGAUCCAAACCCAGAUAUUCUGAUUACAAAACUAAAGGCUUACUGCUGUUUGAUCCGGCCUCUUACGAAACUAGACAUGUACAAUAGUUGCCUUGAGAAUAUUAAAGUAUAAGUGUUCUCGUGGGGAAGGCAGUGUCCCAUCUAAAUAGGGUGAUUGUUGACAUGGUACCUUUGCUUUUUGGAGGUAGAACUUGAAUUAAAUCUUGAAGUUAAAUAGAUUCUCCUAGAUGGAGAGAGUGCUCAGGAUAUGACAGGAGCCAGAAUCUCAGAAUACAAGAUCAGUGUUGAUUUGUAAAUGUGUCAUAAAGAUAAAACUGUUAGAAGCACAAUGGCAGGCUUAAUGCACACUGCUCCUGUGUUUAUCUGUGACUGAGUAUUGGCAGCACUGUAAUUAAUCCAAAUCAGGAAUUGUCUGCCUAUAAAUUUAUGGUGGUCAUAGCCACACUUUGUCUGCAACAUGACAGAUAGUAAAUAUUUUGGGUUAUGAGUAAAGAGCCAAGUGGUAAGAGGUGACCUAUGAGGGAUGGGCAGAGUCCUUAAGGACUUUGCAAGCCAUGGUAGGAGUCUGGAGUUUAUUGUGUAAUUGUUAUCGAAGGGCUCCCCAGUGAUUUUAAAAAUAGAGCAAAGAAGAUCAAAGAUCAUUGCAACACUGCCUAGUUAUGAGACUUAGGUGAAUUACGUAAGUAUUCUUUGCCUCAGUUUUCUUAUAAGGAAAAUGGAGAUAACAGAAACUACUUCACAAAGCUGUCAGUAAAUUAGUGAGAUAGAAUAUCUAAUCAAGAAAAAAAUAGAAUCCAAAUUAAGUUAGAGGUAAUGAUUUUUAAACUGAUUUUGUUAGCAAAUCUGUAAUAGUGAUGAAAUUACUGUCCUUCCAGGUAAAAGUAAUUUGUCAAAACAAUUCAAGAAAAAGAAUAAUUUGAAUAGAACAGUAAACAUGGAAUAACUUAGAAAAUGUUAUAAAAUCUGUGCCCGUAUGGUUUUUUUUUUUUUCUAACAUUCGUUCAAACCUUUAAGACACAGAAAUUCUGGCAUGAUGUAAACUUUUUCAGAAAGAAACUUUUGUAAAAAGAGAUGGAAGACUUCCCAAUUAAUUUUCCAGAGCAGUCUUGAUACCAAGAGUUUAUAAAAACACACCAAUAUUCGCUCAUUCAUUGAUUGUGAGAAAUGUACCAGUAUAAGAUCGUAGAGAUGCAACCAGUUUCUAAAUAAAAUACCCACCAAUUGAAAGCCUUUGCUAUCUAACUGGCUGGAUAUCUCACCCUAAGAAUGUCAAGAAAGGUAUUAGUAUGUUACAACAGUAAGUCAAAAGAGAAAAGUAAUUUAAUCGUCUGAUCCAAAAAGCCAUUUGGGACAGCGAUUGAGCUAGCGGUGUAAGCACCUGCUUGGCAAGGGCAAGUCCGAGAGUUCAAUCCCCAGUACAGAAAAAAAAGUCAUUGGAUACUAUCUAUUGUUUGUUCUGGUUUCAACCUGUGUGCAUAAUCAGCAGAAUACUUAGUGUGUUGUGGACUAACUCCAGCAGCCCUCUUUAGCUUGGCAUAGCUAGGGGAAAACUUUCAAAUACUUUUGAAAGUACUUUCAAUACAACAACACUUUUGUUUCUAAUUUAUUGAUCCAAUAUUUGUACUUCUAGGAAUCUUUUCCAUAAAACAUCUUGCAGCAGUGCAAGCUUGUUUUUCAGCGUUCUUUAAAAGAGCAAAACUUUAGAGUAACUUGAAUAUUCAUAAUUUAAAUAAAUCAUGAGAGUAUUUACAAGGUAGAGUACUAAAUAUUUGUUAAAGUGACUAUAGUGUAUUUAAAGGUGGUGGUUUGGAAAAACUUCUCCUGCAUGCUUUGCCUAGUUUCGACCUUUAUAUGAAUUGAAUUGUCUGCUGUUCUCUUAUUUGCAUGGACUUCUUUAACUCAAGGUUGUGCUUGUGAGGUUAAUUCUUGCUGGGGGCAACAGUAGUUGGCUUAUUCUCAUUGCGGUUAGUCUUCACUUAUGUGAGUACAUCACAGUCUGCUUGUUGCUUAUGUUAGAGUCAGAAUAAAAACAUAGUUUUAAAAAGUACAAUUUGGUGGAAAUUAAAACUCAAAUUGAAAGUGUUUUGUAACUUGAAAUUUUUAUACAUUGGUCUGGGAAGCAGGAAAGAGAUGAAACUUGAAUCUCUUAGUUGUGCCUCUCAUUGCUGCUGUGGGUCAGGAUGGAUAAAGUGAAUGUAACUAAGGUAUCCCUCCAGUACCCGUGACAGAGCUGUUAAAAUCAGAUCUGAAGUAACAGAUAGAAUAUGGUGGUGUUGUAGUCCGUGUCUUGUUCUCGUUUGCUCCAUAGUUAUGUGACUCUGAGGCACAUCUGAACCUUUAGAAUUCUCAAAUUUCAGGCUUAUAUUUCACAUCAAUUUAUCUAGAUUUAACCAAAAGUCUAACUAGUAAGGCAAUUGAAAUGAAGUGGGGAGCUACACUCAGUGUGUUUGCACCCCAGGUGCAGAGGCAAUGUCUCCCAGGUUUUCUGUUUCAUGCUUCGAGAGGGCCCAGUCUAGCACAGACCACUGGUGUAACUUUUGGAGGCACUGCUUGAGUGAAAAGCACUUUUUUGAGUUCCUUUAUAGAAGUGGUUAGCAAUCACGUUUCUUGAUCAGUUGUUUCCAGCAUAUAUAUAUAUAUAUAUAUAUAUAUAUAUAUAUACUCAGUAGAUUUUAAGUUAUAAAGCGUUCAGUUCACAGUUUGGGAUUGUAUUUAACUUUGAUUUUUAAUUCUAGUCAUUAGCAGUGUGGCCUUUCAGUUUUUAAAGUCAUGAUCUAGUGCUGCAAAAUGUAACUCCAUGGUAGAGCUCUUGUAGCACUUGCAAAACUCUUGAUUUGAUUCCAAGUAUGGGAAAAAAAUUUAAAAAGGAUUCCAAAUUGCCCAUGGAGGAGCUGAGAUUGUAGCUCAGUGGUAUACAGGUUGCUUGAUUGACCAACUAAGGACAUGUUUGGGUGUGAUCCCUGGUACCCAGCCCCUCAAGAAAUAAACUGCUAAUGAAAAGAUUAUUUUGUCACUCUCUAAACUCCAAUUUGACUUGAGAUGUCUUUCUGAAAUAUCCAUAUUAAGGUUACUUAGGUAGUAAGUAUAUUAAGUAACUUUUUUAUGUAUUGCUUUUCAGGAGUAGAAGGUUUGCCACUCUUAGGUGACUAAGCAGUUUCACAAAUAAUUAGGCUCAACUCAGAGGAAGUACACAAUGUGUACCAGCGCCAGUGAGGCAAGGUCACAAAGCCCCAGUCAUGGAGAGGAUGAAUAUGUUGAUAUUGCCGAACAGAGCACUAUUCUUUAUCCCUCUCCAGAGGACAACACAUAUAUGAAUCCUCAGGAACAGUUUCAAUAUGACAGAGCCCAAACAGAUGAGAGGCUAAGACCAUUUCUGGAUAUCAUUGGCCAUUGUCAGAUUAUAUAUGAUGCUGUUCAACAACUGGAUAAGAAAUUCGAUAUUAUUGACAGAAAGUUGUCAAAAAUUGAACGCUCACGAACGAAAUACUCUUGGUCCUAUCGUAGGCCACUGGGACAUUCAAGAAAGCAUCCCAGUUCCCAAGUUUCUAACAAAGCCAAAUCCGAGGAAAUGGAGAUGUCAGGGCAUUGCAGUUCAUUUUCGCACUCUGAAAGUUACAGCCCAAUUUCACCAGUUCGCAGACCACAAAAUACUGGUGAUAGAAACAACGUGAUCUCAUCUUUUCAUUACGAAGUAUUACCAGGAGAGAUGGAAACUCUACAGGAACGCGAGCAAUAUACUGGUUCGCCAGCUCAAUCCAUCUUCAGUGGCGGUACUCACCAUGACCGUAUGACAAGUGAUGAUAUACCUGCGCCUCAAUUGCUCUGCAGCCCCAGGUUUCCUGAUAAUGCCACCUUCUCUGUUGCAGUUUCCCCAAUAGCACCUGCAGCUCCUCUCACCCAGAGAGAGCCCAGCCUGACACAUACGUUCGCCAUGGGUAGCCCAGAGAGAGAGCCUACUAGAUCAUCCUUCCGAAACACAUCUAGUUUUGCUACAAGUUCUCCAAUUGAAACUAAUGCUGCUGUUAGAAGACUAACCUUGCCUGAUGACCCUGUUAACUGGUCUGUGGAAGAUGUGAUCCUGUUUCUGAACCAUACAGAUCCUAAAAUAUCAGACCCUCUUAAUCGCCUCCUGAGGAAACAUGAAAUUGAUGGGAAAGCCCUGCUGCUGCUCGACAGUGAGGUGGUCAUGAAGCAUAUGGGUUUGAAGCUGGGGCCAUCCCUGAAACUAUGCCACUACAUUGAGAAGCUUAAAGACGAAAAAUCCUAAGUGUUUUCAGAAAUUUAAAUUUUUACCAAUUCAUGCUGCUGUUCUUAGUUGUUGUUUUGUAGAAAUGGUUCCUCUUAAAAUGUCAUAUCCAGAAUUGGAAAACUAUGUUGUCAUCAAGCCUACUUCUUUAAAAGCCAUUUAACAUGUUAGUAUUCACAUUCAAAUUCGAAGUUCAUCUCUUACGUCUUUUUGUUAUUUUCAUUAUAUAGUUUAUAGAUAUAUUUUAUGCAAGAGAUAUAUUUCAUACAGCAUACAAAGCCAAACCACUUUGAUUUGGAAGAGGAAAUACCAGGCAUUGACAACUUUUAUCAUUUAGUUCAUGAGAAUUUUACCUCAGCAGAGAAUUUAAAGUUAAAUCUGUAGCCAUCGUGUCUUUCUCAAGUAAUAUGAUACUGUCGUGUGCUUUUCAUGUUUGCACUGUUUCACGUUUAUAUUUUAUUUGAACACAAGUAUACACACAAAUAAGUCUUUACUUUUUGAUUUUAAAAUGGCUCUUUGGGCUGUUACAGAGGUAAUGAGGAACCUUUUAUUAUUAAGAUGGUUUUUUCUCUAACUAUAUAUGUAUACAGCAUUUGCCAACACUGGUGCCUCUCAACUUACUCUUCAGGGAGUCAGAAACAAUCUCUAGAGUGGUUUCAUUGCAGGGAAGCUCUCUAUCCUGUGCAGUGUGUCUAAUUUGCCUAGUUCUGAGCCAUUUGCCCUUCUAAACUUUGGAAGAUAUAUUAGUUCUAAUUGAUUGUUUUAAGCUAUGUUUCAUAAUUUAUUUUUUAAGAGAAAUAUAUUAUUCUGUUAUUAUUUAUUAUUACAUUGUCAAGCUUUGAAAACUUGUUAAUAGUGUAAGCCAUUUGUCAUAAAUAAUAAUAAAAUGUUUGCCAGGUGCUAGAAAACCAAAUAUUCUUUAUAUACAAACGUAACUAUUCACUAGAUACAUGUGAUUUAAAGGAUGUCUUAAUUUAUGUUAUUCAUUAUGUAAGAUGAGAUUCUAAUCUAAACUUUAUUUUCUUUCAAAUUGUUUGAAGAUGCUGUACUAUUUAUCAGGUCUUUGGAAAAUAUUAUUUCAUUCUUUUCAUUUUUGAAAUAUAAUAAAAUUAAAUAACUUGAACAGUGAA